GGGGCCCCCCCUCAGAGCGGCGGAAAGUGAGUAAUGAGUCCGUGUCCCCAGCGAAGAGGCGAGGAACUUGCCGUGCACACCGAGUACUUGUGCCUGCCGGCUGUCCUGCCGCUUUGCCUCAGUAUUGUUGUUCUCGGUGCCGCCACUCCUUUUCUUUUUUUUUUUUUUUUAAUUUUCCUGGCUUUCCCUUAUUAUUUUCUUUUUUUUUUUUUAGUUACUUUAAAAAUCUUCCAUUUUUCGGCGGAGGGAGGGGUGGCUGCCUGGCUGGCUGGCGGGUCUGUUGCAAAAAGCGAGAGAGAAAAAACAAAAACAAAACAAAAAAGCCAAAAAAAAAAAAGAGAAAAAGAAAAGAAAGGCAGGAAAAAAAAAAGCCAAACAAAACCAAACCAAAACCCAAAGCAAACAAACAAACAAAAAAAACUUCACUCGGAUCUGAAAGUGGCAGGAAAGUGCCUGGCAAGUUGCAGGGAUGGAGCUACACAGCUUGCAGGAGGCGUUAAAAGUGGAAAUCCAAUGUCAGCAGAAACUAGUUGCACAGAUGAAGCAAGAUCCACAGAACGGGGAUCUUAAGAAACAAAUCCAUGAAAGGCAAUCAAGAAUAGCAGCUCUUAAUGAGAAACAAACUUUGGGAACUCUCACUGCAGUGCCCAUUAAGGUUCCUCAGGUCAGCUCCUUGCAGAGGUUGGCAGGACAAGGACCAGCAGUGCUACCUCAGGUUAGGCCAAAGACCCUGAUUCCAGACAGCCUCCCGAUCUCCCCGUGCAGAGACCAACCUUCCAAGCAGCCUCCCACCUUCCAGAAAGCAACCAUCGUGAGCAUCAAGAACCCCAGCCCUGCCCUCCCGACCGCCAACAACACCGUCAGCCAUGUCCCGCCGCACGGCAGCGGGCAGCCGCAGGGCGCCGCCGAGCCCGCCGCGCUCUCGUCCCCUCUGAGCGGCGCCGGCGUGGCCUACGCCAUCAUCUCCACCUCGCCCAGCAAUGCCGCUGCCCUCGGCUCCAGCGCCGCGGUCUCGGUGGUCAACGACAGCAUCAAGGUGCAGCCGCUGCUCAUCAGUGCCGACAGCAAGGUUAUCAUUAUUCAACCUCAAGUCCAAACCCAGACAGAAAGUAAAGUGGAGACAAAGAAACCUCCUGAAGAGUCAGCUCAGGGACUGCCUGCUACCAGAAAGAAAAAGGAGGAAAAUCCAGAGAAAAUUGCCUUCAUGGUAGCACUAGGACUGGUUACAACAGAACAUUUGGAAGAAAUCCAGAGCAAGCGUCAGGAAAGAAAAAGAAGAAGCACAGCAAAUCCAGCCUACAGUGGACUCUUGGAAACAGAGCGGAAGCGCCUCGCAUCGAAUUAUUUGAAUAACCCCUUGUUCCUUUCAACGAGAGCAAAUGAGGAUCCAUUCUGGAAGAGCGAGAUCCAUCACGAUGAACACUGCACUGCGUGCAAGCGUGGGGUUAACCUGCAGCCCUGUGGCACGUGUCCCAGAGCGUAUCACCUCAACUGCUUGGAGCCACCCCUCAAAACUGCCCCCAAAGGCCUCUGGGUCUGCCCAAAGUGCCAACAGAAGGUGUUAAAGAAAGAUGACAAUGUGCCAUGGACUGGAACUCUGGCUAUUGUUCACUCCUAUGUUACUCACAAAACAGUCAAAGAAGAAGAGAAGAGAAAGUUAUUAAAGAGAAGCAGUGAGCUGAAGAGUGAGCAUAGACAGUUAGAAGAAAAAGAUCGACUUCUCAACAGUGCAGUGAAGAAAUGCUUAGAGCUAAAAACCAGCCUGAUGGCCCAGCAGAAAGGGACUCAGUCAUCACUGGAACGUCUCAAAACCCUCAUUAGACUGAUACAAAACGAGCAGAUGAUUCAGGUUACCAUGACGACCACCACCACCACCUCCCUGCUCUCCAUCCCCUGGAUCAAACCCUCUGCUGCCUCUGCUGCCAUGCACAAAGCCCUGCAGCCAUCGCAGGGCAACAACUGACAGGAGUCGGCCGUGGCAGGUCUGAGCAAGGGGCCAUGAGAAACUUUAUGCACGAGAGCAGAGCAGAGCUGAACCUGGAACGAAGGACAGAGGGAGCAGGCUCGGUUUUGCUGCCCUCAGAGACCUGCAGAGCAGUCAGCCCAGUCUGCAGGUCACUGUGGCAGCAGGUUCUCACAGAGUGGGCUGUGCUGCCGUUUCGUAUUUGCCAAGACCUUCAGUGCUUAGGACAUUUUGUUUUGUUAUGUUGGCCUUAAAGUAUUGAUGACCGAGGAUGAAGAGGAAAAGCGUGGCUGAUAGGAAGCAGGAGAGCCUUUUUUGGUGGCAGACAGGCUUUCUGCUCUAAGGGGAGAGGAGUUAGUGAGGUAUUAGAGAAGUAGUGGGGCUGAAAGCUGUGUGGGGGGGAAUUGGUGAGAUAAGCAGUGAGCUGCUUAGCACUUGCCAUGGGUUGUUUUCAGAGGAACAGUUUGAUUCAGGUGACCUGGAAAUGGGGUCCUUGUGACCACAACAGCAUCACGGACACUCACAGAGCCUUGGAAACAAAAGAUCUUUUUUUUUUCCAUAUUAUUAGACUUGAGAAUUGCAGAUAUUUAAAUAAAGAAACUGUAUGAAGUUAGCAUUUCUAGUAAAAUAUUGAAGUAUUUUCAUGCUGAUGCUUCUGUAUAUGCGUUCUGAAAUAUUUAAAAAAUACGACUGUAAAACUCCUUUUGCAGGUCCUUUUUACUUAUUUUGCUAUCAGUGUAUUUUUCUCAUGGAGUUUUUGUGCAAGGUUUAGCAUCAACCAUAAGAGUGGAUAACUUUGACAGUAUGGGUUUCAUUUUUAAAGAGAUUAUUUUGUGCGUUUCUGUCUUUUUGUUAAUUUUGGAUUCUUUUUUAAAGAAAAAAAAGCAAAUAAAUAUUCUGGGGUUUGUUUUUUGUCAGUACAGAUAAUAUGCCAAAAAAAGAUAACUUUACAUUUUUGUACUGCAUUUUUAUUGUUAAAGAUAUUUAACAUGAUUUUUUUUUGUUUCGUUUGGUUGGGGUUUGUUUGUUUGUUUGAGUUUGGGUUUUUAUUGGGUUUUUUUUGGUAGAAAUAUCUGCUGAAAUGGUACAGGAAAAAAAAAACUGCCUCAAGGGAUUGUUUCUCAAACUGGAGACUCGAACUCAAGACUUCUAAGGGGGGGGACAGGGCAUGGAGAAUGAAAAGGGUUUGGAGGAUUUGCUUUUUGGCAACUUGACUCCUUUUUAACAUUUUGUUGGAUUUUAGCAUAUUUGGGAGGUGUUCAGCAUUAGCCUGAGAACAUCCCAGUGCACCUGCCUGUUUUACUUGCUGGUCUUCCUGACGCUGAAGGUUGUGCCUGGCGCGGGCUGUCCCCUGCGGCUGCCGUUUCUCUGUCACACUGUCCCUGUCCUCACGAGUUCUCCAUCUUAGCACAGCAGGAACUUCUGGAAAGCCACCAGAGCAGGACACAAGGUCAGUCUCUCACAUCAGCGUAUCACACGGUGCCGAAUAGCCUUUUCUGUUUUUUAAUUUGAAAAAAUAAACAUGUGAGGGACUGGCUUUUUCUGUUGCCCAUCACUAGGCAGCGCGUGGUCCCUUCAACCAUUUUCACAACUCCGGGAGAAACUGUGCAGUACUAUACAAAUCUAUUUUAAUACACAACACUCGAUUGAACAAGAUUUUUAUAUUCUUUUAUUGAUGAACAAAAUGAACUAAGUAAAACACAGUUGUUAUACAUUGGUUAAUGUAUGCAAUUAUGCAUUCUGAGUGGCUUGCAAUGUAGAUGUUUUCAGGUUUCAUGAUUUUUUUUUCCUUCUCGGACAAAUUUAAAAAAAAAAAGGAAAAGUGUGGAAGGUUGAAUAUGUGAAGAAUUUCUGAAGAACUGUCUUCAACUGUUAAAAGUAGUUAUUUUGAAAAGGGGGCUGUCCAGUGGAUAGUGUGCAUAGAAAAAAAAAAAGUGUUUGUCUUAAAUAUGCCAAUGUAGUUUUACUUCUUUAUGAUGCAUUAAACUUGACUGACAAUUUCCUGGCAUUGUUGUGGUGGUCUCUGCUGCCGAGGGUCACACAUGGCCAGCCCAGGGCCUGUGCAGGGACCCCUCCCUGGCCUGGCUCUCCCUGGGGCAAGAGAAAUGACUUGAAGAACAGGAGUGUUGAUUUCUCCACCCCUGUGUUCCUUUUUCUAACUUGAGUGCUGCAAGAAUGAGUACAGGGCUUUCUGCUUGCUUUCUGCCAGAAGGUGGCCUCUUCCUUGAGGCCUCUGUGUCUCCCAGGCAGAGGCACCUGUCCAGUCCUGUGCUUGGCUUCCCACCUCUUGGAAUAAUUGCCAAUCCUCCACACCCCUGGGCUUUGCUUUCAUACCUGCACUCUGAGGUGCUCUUCAAAUGUGUGGUGACUACCACACAUUUGUGGGUGGCUGGUUUCUGGUUGGUGGAAGGGAUGGAACUUCUUCCCAAUAAAAUUAAUCAAAUUAAAGCAAAACACUGUCACCGCUGCACAAAGCCUGCCACAGUGGCUAGUGCUUAUGCAGAGCAGAAACAGGGUUGGGGUUUUCUUGUCAGAGGUAAAGGAAAGGGUAUUUUUUUGUCUGGGAGUGUGUUGCCUUGUCUUCACCUCCUGGCAGUUUUAGUGUUUAAUUUCAGGCUGCAAUAGGCAAGGGAGCUCAGCACUGCCCUCCUGCUUCCUCUACAGCUCAGCUGCCCCCUCCUCUCUCCCAGCCACAUGGAAGGCAGGCUCAUUUUUCCUCCCAUUGCUUCCAGUAUUAGAACAACUCUCCCCCACGCCAGAAAACUCCCCAAAUUGUAUGUCAGCAUCAUCAUCAUCAUCUGUUUGCCACCUUUAAACUCAGUGCUGUGCUAACAGAAAGGAGCCAUUUACAGAGCUCUGCAUGCUGCCUUAAUAAUUAAUGCAGUUGCAAGAGAGUGCAGCCUUUAAUCUUUGAUAGUAUUUUAAAUGGAGGUUUUGGUGGAGAUUUGCAGGAGUCACGCCAGGCUCUGUGUUCCUUGCUGUGUUAUGGGCAUUGUCUUUGAAAAGAAUCAGGAGCUGCAGGGUUCCCAGCCUCCCCUCCCAACUGAAAGUUAUUUUUACAGCUAUGCCACACUUCACAGCUUCAGGGCUCUUCAUUUUACCCUGACAGACUGGUUUCUGUGCACAGGACCUUUUCACGUGCCCUAAGUUAUCUUGCAGAGGAUCUGCUCUGCAAACAGCCAUCUGAAUGAAGCGCAUCGUCUCCGAGCCUGUCGGUUUUGUAUUUGCACCUCUCCAAAUGUAAUUUCACCAAUUCUUCCUGCCCACUGUCUCUUGUCUCGCAGAAGUGAGAGGAAAAGGAACGCUUCUCUGUGUUGGAAAGUAACACAGAGCAAUGCCAGAAAGAGCAUUUUUUGUGUCAGGAUCUCAGCUGUUUCAAGGUUUCAUAUCCUUUGGAGGGAGAGGCCACUAGAACCUGAGUGCUCAGAAGUCAGGAAGCGAAGUCAAGACCACUGAAUUUUUUUUAGUAUUUAGUUUACAAUCACAGCAGCAAUUUUUGUGAGAUAUUGCAAGGUGAUUUCAUAACAACGUCAGCCCAGCAAUCAGCUUCUCUCAUGGCAGACUUCUGUGCAAGGAUGGCAACACAGACUACAGCAGCUGCAUCAGGAGUUCAUUCCUCAUGCCAAGCCCUUCUCCAGCAGUUUGAUGGCCUAUUAAGAUCACUUAAACUUUAAGAAGAAUGCAUUAUAAACUGAUACGUACUUUUUGUUCUGUGUUCUGCGUGUCAUCUGUAGCUGGAAAGGAAGUAAUUACGCUGAAAUGAGUGGCAAUAGCCACAUCAGAUAAAACUCUACUCACUUUAAUCAGGUUUUUCCAACUGCAGCCUAUUUUGCUUAGAAAAUGAAGCCUGGCUUCUAAGAUCAAUCACUAGCGACUGACUGAUGCAAACAAAAAAUGCCAGACUUCCCUGCUGUAAGGCACUUUUAAGUUCACCAUGGUGAAGAUCAUUAAAGCAAGAGUUGGGAUUUUUUCCCUCCCUUAAAAAACAAACAAAAACUAAAUUCUCAUGACAGGAAAAAAUACUACAAAGCAUACACAAGCUUACUAUAAUACAUUCUAGCCAAGGAGAAGGAAAAACAACAAAAAAGAUGCCACUGCCCUUUGAAGUUCUUGUUUGCAUUUGCGCUGGCAAAUUGCAGAUGAUUCUUUGCUGUUUAAAUGUGGCAGAAAUACUGCACUCCAACCUUUGAGCAGUUCACUUUUGCAUUUCACCUUUGGGUUUAAAAUGCUGCAAUAAAUCACCUUUCCCCCCAACAUUCCUGCUAGAAACACAGCUGAUGGCAGUCCAGUUGCAGUUGACGCUCAUCCAGUUGCCAAGGUGGCCACUGGUUGCUUCUACCCCAGCUGCCCUUCCCCUCUCCCUGUCCUGAGGGGCUCCAGAGCCUCAUCCAGCCAGAGUUGUGUGGAAGAGAGAGACACAACCAGCCAAGUGAAGGCUGUGCAAAUUCAUCUGGGUUGAGACUGGAUUUGACAUCAGCCAUCUGGUGAAAGUGGCUUGGCACAGAGUGGCUGUAAAGCUGCUGGUUGGCAACAGCUGAACAUGAGCCCAGGUGUGCCCAGGUGGGCAAGAAGCCAAAGACACCUGGCCUGGAUCAGGAAUAAUGUGUCCAGCAGGACCAGAGCAGUGACUGUCCCCUGUGCUGGGCACUGCUGAGGCCACUCCUUGAGUGCAGUGUCCAGUUCUGAGCCCCCCACGACGAGGCAGACACUGAAGGGCUGGAGCACAUCCAGAGAAGGAAUCGCUGCUAGGGAAGGGUCUGGAGCACAGGAGAAGAUGAGGGAUCUGAGGAGGCUUAGCCUGGAAAAAAAGAGGCUCAAGGGGAACCUUCUUGCUCUCUACAAUUCCCAGCGAGGUGGGGGUCAGGCUUUGCUCCUAGGAAACAAGUGACAGCAUCUCUGAAAAUAUUUAAAAGACUUGUAAAUGUGGCGCUUGAGGACAUGGCAUUUCUAAGUUAGUUAUUGGACUCAAAGUUCUUUUCCAACCUAAAUAGUUCUCCCUCUGCUGUGUGCCCUGGGUGUUUGGGGCUGCCCCCGUGUGCUGGGUCAGAGGGUCACUUUCUUUGAGUUAAUGUUACUCUGGGUGUGUCUGUCACCUGUUUCAUUUGAGUGGGCUCAGGCUGGAGCCAGCACUGCCCUGCUGGGUGGCUGCCAGGUGUCUGCCCUGUGCUGGAGUGGUAACUAAAAACUGCAGCCUAAUGAAGAACUGAAAGGCACAUGUAAAGGACUCAAACAUGAACUAAUGAUGAAACAAAAAAAAAACCACAUCAAAGCUUUUAAUUUUACUCUAAGUACUUUGCUCUCACUCUCAGAAAUUCUUAUCAAAGACAGGCAGAUGUCACUGCCUCCAGGGGUCUCAACUCAGAGCUCCCUGAUUUGAAUUUACUCCCCACAUUUGUUUUCAACACCACAGACCAACGACGUAAUAGUAGCAGCAGGUUUUGCUGUGGCAAAGCCACACAGAGAAACUGAACAGCACUGCAGAGCUGAGUAAGGCUUUAGCACCUAUUAAGUGCUGUACACUUGUAAAUGCAAAUAAAUCCCUGCAUAAAUGCCACCAAGGUUCUGCAUACUGGUAAGAUGAAUUACUAUCAGGUAACACAAGCAUUUAUUUCCAUGGUAAAAUACUAACACAAACCCUUAUGGGCUCUGUAUUAGGCAAGAAAGGGUUUACAAAGUUUAUAAAUAAACUGUGCUCUGAGUCACACCAAGCCAUGGGGUGGGCACAACUCUUGUGGAGCUCAGUCUGUGUGAGUCUCCCUUCCCUCCAGAUGAAGGUGGGGACUGCUGGGCUUUCACGAGAGGUGCUUUGCCUGGUUUUCUUUAUCACCUCAUCUUUAUCACAUCAAAUUGCUUUCCUCAGUCAAAAGCUCACUUAAUGAGGGACACGAGUAAUUAGUUCAUUGGAAAUAGCAUUGCAAGGGCCAGCUGGGAGCAGGGCAGGGUGCACAGGGUGGUGGGACUCCCUCCCAUCACAGCUGCAAGGAGCAGGGAUGAAGCAUUUAAUUAAGGCUAUUGUGCUCUUACCUUUUGGAAGGUGAGGUGCUGGCAGUAACUCUCCCUCACCUUCUUCCCCCAUGAUCCAACACCCCCAUGGGCCCUCCAAAAGUGACAGUGUUGGCAAACCUACACUUUCCACAGCUGGGAAUACACACUAGUCAGGAAACAAAAGGGGGGAAUGUGUGAUUGUACCAUCAGUUCCAUUAAAAGUUCAACUUACUACCUAAGUACACACUGAUCAUGCGAAUAAAAUAUCGGGAGCUUUUCCAUUAUUAGUCUGCUCAUGGGUGGAUGAAUAUAUUAAAGUUAAUAAGGCUCUGCGAGAUUCUGUGAUGAAUGCUGCUCGAGGACUGCAGCACACCCAGACAGAUCAUCUGCACACACGUAAGUGACAUCCAUUUAUGGAACUUUUUUUGUAAGAACUGCAAAGGGCCCCCUCGGUUAAUGACAUUGUUCAAUCUUCUUUCGUUUCUUCACAGAUUCAGGAUAGAAAAGUAUUCCCCUUCCCUUUUGGUGCUUGUUGCUAGAGGUGUCCUGAUAAUGAGACUAAUCUUGGGACCAAUUUUCAAUUCCUAGCUCAGUAAACUAAACAGCUCAGUAAACUAAAAUGCUUAGGCAAUUUAUUCUCUAUAUAUUGUCAGCUAGGUAACACUUGAUUUCUCAUUUCAUGGCUGCAUUUUAUUGUUUUCAACUGAAAUCCAGCAUGUGUGUUUUCAACAGAUUAUCUCCAUAAUCACUUUCUUUUUGCUAUGGAAAUGAUCUGAAAAUUGUUCUUUGAUACGAGAGAAGAGUUCACAAGGCCACACUGUACAAAAGCUUGAAUCGUGCAAUUAUCAUUUGUAAAGAGAAACUGUUAUCAAAGUAACUGCAGGGGACACCUCCAGGACUCCUCUUAGAGUCAGGAAAUUUGAAACAUAUAUUUCUCUAACAUGAAUUUCACUCCAAACCCUCCUGAAUAAUUCAUGUGAGCUGAUUUAAUGCCUUAGUUAAGUCUGGCACUCAGGACAGAGAUCGGGGGGAUUCUGCCAGAAAUGCAGAAUUUCACCAAUUCCUCAAGGGCUGGGGACAGAGCUGGGGUCUCAUCACCAGGGAUUUGUAGCCAGGUACCUUUAGUUUGGGAGAGUCCAUUCCCCGUGAUCAGCAGCCUGUAGGGAAAGGCUGGGGUGGAGGUGAGUCCCUCCCCAGGCUGCCUGCUGGGGUAGCAAGGCAAAGGGGAGCAGGAGCCCCAGCCCUGCUGCACCGCAUUCCUACAACCAGGGAGAUGCUUUCCAUGUAGGGAUGGGGGUUCAGUUCACCUCUGGACUUCUAAGGGAGAAGCACCAGAGCCUUCUGUGCUCCCUCACUGUGGUUGGCUCAGUGCCAGCACACGGGCACCCAUUGGAUCUUUGGAAUGUUUCUCAAAACCUGUGGCUGUUUCUAUUGGGCAGCAAGCAAAAUUGUCCCUCCUUGAUCGUUGUAUACAUAAAAGGAGCACAGAAGUGUUCUGGGUUUUUGUGGUGUCUCAGCAGGUGCUAGAGGUUUCUCUGCACUGUGCACGGCUUUUGUUGUUUUGUUUUUGUAUUGUUUGUUAUUUUCUCUUCUAUUAAAACAUUUGCUUUACAAAACACACCUGAAGAGCCAUCUCACAAAUCUCCUUAAGCCAUUUCUGAGGAGUUGCAGGCCAGCCCUCCCAGCUCGAUACAUCUUUGUGGGGCUCAUUUCAGGCUGGCCUCAGGUAAGAUUGUGUCACAUCCCCCCUCACUCUGUCCCCAGCACAGCCAAUGGCAGAACCAGAGCUUCUGGUCUUCCUAAGCAGCACCAAAUGACCCUUACUAACAGGUGUUACCUGUUCUUUGAAAAGGUACCUUGACAGGAAAGGCACCAUUUUGUUCUUCAUUCACUAAAUGAGAGGAGCUAUAAAUCACUAGGAAAUGCUAGUUUACAAAGUACUAAGAGGAAUAAUGGAGUUUAGCAUGUGACCAAUACUGAAAGAGGGAGUCUGGUUUUAACCAUCACCUCAAGUGUCCACAGACAGGCAAAUCAGCUGAAGGGAUGCUUGCAGCUUGUACUUGUUCUUUGUAAAAGUGAAGGGGUCAGAGACAACUGUGUUCUGACAACUGCAGCUGGCAAAUUGCUGUUGUCUCCAAACCUAGGAUGAGUGGGAAAACUCAAUCUAUGUGGGAGCCCCUACCUGCCUCUGGGGACGUUUUGAGCAAAGCUGACUUCCAUGCACUCAGGAUUUCAACCCACAGGGCUCUGCUCUGUUACUGUGCUAAAGAUGUCCAGGACUCCCAUUCCCAUCACACAACACAGCCUGCAGACCAAAAGCCCUUUGGUGUUGCUGGAUUUUAAAGAAAGGACAUGAGGAAAUGGAAAACAACCCUUUGAUAGGCCUUACCAGUAUUUAAUCCCAAAGAACUCUUCUAAUGCCAGGUGUUCCUGUAUUUUUUUUACAGACAGUGAAAUGAACGUGUAUGUAUUUUGACCAAAGUUAGAGGGUGGUAAAAUACUGUGGUUUUGUUAAUUCCCAGAGCCAAAUUCCUCCCCUAUCAAAACAGGAUGCUGAUGUACAGAAUCAAGCUGCUGAGCAAUGCUGAGUGUAACUAUGUCUGAGUUUCAAUACAACAAAGCCUGGAGGCUCUCACACAGAUGUAAAGCUGGUAAGUUGCAAUAUGAAAUGAUGAUAGUUUUGUCCUUGGCAAUUUCAUUUUGCUGAACUGCAACAGUCCUGAAUUCUUGUUAAUUAUUCUCUGUGUAAUGUGCCAUAUUUUAUAUUUAAAUGGGAGCCAUAGGUGGUUAUUACUUACAGAUAUUCAAAAGCCACAUGUUGUCUUUAUGACACUUGAGGAAUAGGAGAAAACAUGCAGCUGUGCCAUCAGAAGUUGGUCCUAACUCAUCUUGUUCUAAAGCCUCCAUUUUUCAAAUUUUAAUCACUGCCAAAUGCUAUAGAUGACACCUACUGGGCAAAUGGAGGCCUGGCACACCCAGCAUUUCACAGCCUCCUGAAUAUUAUUUCAGGUUAUUUCCUGAGACAGGAACAAAUCCUCUUCACCCUCUGCAACAAGAUUUUGUUGCACUCUUCACACAGGCUGGGAAUUUCCAGCUGCCAAUUGGAAGGACAGAAGCACAAAUCCUCAACUCACCUGUGGGAUAAAGAGUGGCUGUGCUGGCAGAGGAGAAGGUCCUCCUGAGACUAUUUUAUUGCAAUCUAAAUAUUCCCUGUUUCAUUUGCUCUGUACAGAAGCAGGAGGGCUAGAGCAAUAGGGAAAACACCACUUACCUUUUUAACAUUGGCUAAUUAUCUUUUGCUCUACAGGCAACUAUGAUGAUAACUUGUUUAACACAUGCCAUUGCCUGUGUUAAACAAUGAAACAGU